UUAAACCUGGGAGUAAUCCAUGGGAAACAAAAAAAAGUGUGUCUGAGCUGCGUGUUUACCUCUGAAUGAGGGGGAAGGAGCCUAACUGUCGAGCUGGGGGCCAUGUAAUGUGGAAGAGGGUUCGCAAUGGAGGGGACAGAGAUGACGGCGGGGCAGGAGAAGCCGCAGAAGCGGGUAAGGUUCCGCGUGGCCUCGGGGAGCAGCGGCCGGGUGCUGAAGGAGAUGUUCAAGGAUGAGGGGCCUUCGGACUCUCUGGAUUCAGACUGCACCAGCAGCUCGGAGGCCGAGCGGGCCAGCACCCCCUCCACCACCGGAGAAUCCCACCUGUUCGGACCUCUGGGCUCCGAGCUGGAUGAGUGCGAGGGAGAGCCGGACGAGCUGCUCCUGUACGCGGGGGCCACCAAGGACUGGCUGUUCACCACCAAGAGGGUCAACAUCCUCAGUAAGAAUGGGACGGUGAGAGGGGUCAAGCACAAAGUCUGCGCCGGUCAGACGCUGUUUGAAAACCUUCCAAACUCCAACGGUAUGGAGCUGUCUUUGGAGUUUGGCCGGAUCGUGAUCUACACCACCAGUUUCAGAGUGGUGAGGACGACCUUCGAGCGCUGCGAGCUGGUCAGGAAGAUCUUCCAGAACCACCGGAUGAAGUUUGUGGAGAAGAACAUCGCCCUGGACAGCGAGCUCGGUAAGGAGCUGGAGCAGCGGUGCAGACGUGUGGGGGAACCUCCUUCGUUACCCGUGGUGUUCAUCGACGGACACUACCUCGGGGGUGCUGAGAAAAUACUCGCCAUGAACGAAUCAGGAGAGCUUCAAGAUCUUCUGACAAAAAUUGAGAGGGUACAGCAGCCCCAGACGUGCCAGACCUGCGGGGGCUUUGCUUUCAUCCCGUGUCCAAUGUGCCAUGGCAGCAAGAUGUCCGUGUUUCGCAACUGCUUCACGGAUUCCUUCAAAGCCCUCAAGUGUACUUCCUGCAACGAGAACGGCCUGCAGCCCUGCCAGAGCUGCAGCCAGUGAGGAGGAGGUUAAGUGCCUGGACCCACAUCCAUCCCUCCUUCAGGAGCCUGAGCUGGACUCGACCACAGGCGGAGAAACGCAGGACUCUUCCUCCUUAGGCCAUUACAGUACAGAAAACGGGCAUUUCUAAUAAAAACCUGUUCAGUCUUUGACACAGGACAGCAGAA